AUGGCGGGAAAAAUCACCUAUUCGAAGCGGCCGAACAAGCGUCGGGUACCUCAUGAUCAAGACGCAGCGCACGAGGAAGACGACAGUCGUAAGCGGAGUAAGGCAGAUGCCGAGUCAAAUGAAUCGCGACUGCCAACACCACCCCCGAGCCGAAAAGAAAGAAAGUCAUUUUCCAAGGGUCCAGUGUCCAUUCCAGAUGACGACAUGUAUCCCCCGCGCUCUGUGUUCGACAAAGUGCUUGGAAACAAACAACACCGAGCCCCCAAACCAGAUGAGAGUAGUAUUCGGGACAACCGGGAGAACUAUGUAGAGAUCAUGAAGAACGGGAAAACAUCACAACAGCAGAAUGGCUGGGCAAGGAAUGGCUCUCUGCCAACACCACCAGCGGAGGCGCAGAGGAAAGCUCAUCAACAAGCGCGAAGAGAUGAGAAUCUUGCGCGAUACAAGAGAGCUGCAAACGAGGUCGAACCGAGGGUGUUUGAAACAUCAUUGUCUAAACCUCCGACCCAGACUUCGCAGCUCUUUGAGCGGAUUAUCAAGAAUGAGCAGCCAAAAGAGCCAUAUCAGCCCAAGGCCUACAAGGCUGAGUGUAUCGCAGCACCACGGCGGACCAUAGCUGGAGAGCGAUUAUCAAGAAGAUCAGAGCAAGCCCAGAUAUUCAUGGCGAACCAGGCCAACUCACCUCUUCUGCAACUCCCUGAGGAUGUCAGAAAUCUCAUUUAUAAGCAUGUGCUUGGUGGCAGGACCAUCAAUAUCAGCUACGAGAAUUACCGCACUACUUAUGACCCUACAAAACCCAAGAGGGCCCAGGACGUCGUACCUGUCUUCAAGUACCGAUGCACAGUAUUCGACGGUAAACGAAAUCCAUACACAGCGGUAGCAGCACAGCCCUGGCUCAAACCUCCCACAACGUUCACUUUACUCAAUGGCGUUUGCCGCCAGAUGUACGAGGAGACGGCGACUCUGCCCUAUCAGCUCAACCUGAUCGCUUUCGACUCACAUAAUAUCAUGUUCAACUUCUUGUUGUUGGAGAAACGCCUACGUCUUGAGCAGCUUGAUGCGUUGACGGAGUUUAUGCUACCGGAGACGUUGCCAGGAUCGAAUACACUAGCCUGCCUAAGGAACGUCGAGAGGGUGUUUCUCGGAGUCGCACAGGAGGGGAGGGUCAGAGGCGCGUAUCGCGUCGUCCGCACCGAGGGCGAGGAACCACGGCUAACAAAAAUCACCAAGUAG